AUGGAGUCUGGGGAAGUGAAGGUGGGCACAGAUACCCAAACUGGACCCUUCCGCAAUCAGGCACCAAUAGAGACACUGACUAUGGUAGAGCUAAGGGGCUUGGAACCACUUGACGACUGGCUUUCCUCUAAGCCAAGGUCAUGCUUCAAUAACUUGGCUAUUGGAGAGCUGAAGAGUCAAGAAAUCUUGGUUUAUAUCAGAACAUCUCCUAGAUGUACUCUGGGAAAAGAAGUGUCUGGAAUUUGGGGAAACCCUGUUGUUGUUUAUGCUCGCUCUUCACACACAAGCAUUUGGUUGCUCAUUAGACGCAAACACAUCCAAGGAGCGGGGCUCUGUCUUAAAGAGCACUCCACUGUUAUGGGUUCUAUGGCAAACCCACAUUUGACAUGA